UCUCAACUUUCCUAUCGGCUCUCAAACGUGACCAACCUAUGUGCAGUGGAUUCAUUGUUCCCAAUAUUUGUGGUAUUAACUUUAUUUAAUAAGGCUGUAAGAACGACAAGAAACAGUCAUUGUAAGCGAAAACUUUUUGUAGCUGUCUGAAAGGAACGACUGGAUUUACACACGAGAAGGUUAGAUAAGCAUGCGAUAAGUAUGAGUUUCAUUAACCUUGUGACGCAUCCAGGGACAGUACCGACACACCUGACAGGCAAUAGAAAAGUCCAAUGAUGCUUACCUUGGAAUGUCCGUGAAGGUUGUAUGAUUUUUAUUGAAUUAUAAAUAUUAGCUUUCGCCUUGCUAGCUCGACAAUUGCAAUGGACCUCUAGAGGCGUUCUAAUGGAAAAGGAACAGUGCUCCAAGCAGUACCACAUAGCAGGGGACACUUCAGUAAGAAACAGAAAGACCUUCCAGUCAUCCACAACUCAGUCUAAUGUCAAAAAACCCAACAAGGGUGGACACUUGACAGAGGAGGACACUCAGCAGACCAAUGGGAGUUUCUGCAGAAACAAAAGAAGAAGCUCCACUUGUGAUGAGUCCACCAGCAGAGCAUUACUUCUCUUGGUGGCUGGACUCUCCUUCGCCACACGCCUCUAUAACAUAAAAGAGCCUCCUCAUGUGUGUUGGGAUGAGACCCACUUUGGGAAGAUGGGAAGCUACUACAUCAACAGGACCUUCUUUUUUGACGUCCACCCUCCUCUGGGAAAGAUGCUGAUCGGACUAGCCGGAUACAUGAGUGGUUAUGACGGCAGUUUUGCAUUCUCAAAGCCAGGAGAUAAAUAUGAACACCACAACUACUGGGGGAUGAGAGGGUUAUGUGCGGGCUUGGGCUCCUUUCUCCCCAUCUUUGCUUACCUCACGGUACUGGAGCUGUCGCAUUCUCACACAGCCGCCCUCAUCGCUGCUUGGCUGCUCAUAUUUGACACGGGCUGCAUCACUAUUUCUCAGUACAUCCUGUUGGAUCCCAUACUCUUGUUCUUCAUCAUGGCAGCAGUGCUCAGCAUGGUCAAAUUCAACCAGCAAAAAGACAGGCCUUUUUCUACUCCAUGGUGGUUUUGGAUGAUACUGACUGGCGUCAAUCUUGCCGGAGCUCUGGGUGUGAAGUUUGUGGGUCUUUUUGUCAUCCUGCUGGUGGGACUGAACACGGUUUCAGACCUCUGGAGACUUUUAGGAGAUCUGGACUUAUCCCUGGUGGACGUCACAAAGCACCUCCUGGCUCGGGUCGUGGCGCUCAUCCUGCUUCCUGUCUUUCUCUAUGUUACAAUAUUUGCUGUCCACUUUGCGGUGCUGAACAAAAGUGGACCAGGAGAUGGUUUCUUCAGUUCUGCCUUUCAAUCUCGUCUCAUUGGGAACAACCUGCACAACGCCUCGAUGCCUGAGUAUCUGGCGUAUGGCUCCACCAUUACGUUAAAAAACCUCCGCAUUGCUGGAGGCUACUUGCACUCUCACUGGCACUUGUAUCCAGAGGGCGUUGGAGCCAAACAGCAGCAGGUUACGGCUUACCUGCACAAGGACUACAACAACUUGUGGUUUGUUCACAGGCACAACGAGACAAACUCGCAAUCUGAGACCCCUGAUCUAGUUCGCCAUGGUGAUAUCAUCAGAUUGGAGCAUAAAGAAACUACUCGGAACCUUCACAGUCACCUUCACGAUGCCCCACUGACCAGAAAGCACUUCCAAGUUACGGGUUAUGGCAUUAAUCACACCGGUGACAGCAAUGACCUCUGGCGAGUGGAGGUGUCCGGCGGGCACAAAGGUGACCCAGUGAAGGUUCUACGCAGCAAAGUUCGCUUUCUCCACAAAACCAUCGGUUGUGUGCUUUUCUCUUCUGGGAAAACCCUCCCCAAGUGGGGCUGGGAACAAGUAGAGGUCACCUGUAGUCCUUACUUGAAGGAGACUCCCAGCUCUCAGUGGAACAUUGAAGAUCAUGUCAAUGCCAAAUUACCCAACAUCAGUCUGUCAGUGUUGAAGCCUCAUUUUCUAGAGAUCCUAAUGGAGUCCCACAUCGUGAUGAUAAGAGGUAACAGCGGUUUGAAGCCCAAAGACAACGAGGUAAACUCCAAACCCUGGCACUGGCCCAUCAACUACCAGGGACUGCGAUUUUCAGGAGUGAAUGAAACCGAGUAUCGUGUGUACUUGCUUGGCAACCCUGUGGUCUGGUGGGUAAAUCUGGCGAGCUUGGGUUUGUAUACGAUCCUGGCGGCCAUCGCUUCGAUUACCUUCCAAAGAGGGAUCUCAGUGGCCCAAAGGAGACAAGAUCAUUGUUUUGUGCUCAUGAGGGGAGGAGGCCUCCUUUUCCUUGGCUGGCUACUGCACUACUUACCUUUCUACACUAUGGCCCGCGUCCUCUACUACCAUCACUACUUCCCUGCAAUGCUCUUUAGCAGCAUGCUGACAGGAAUUACGUUGGAUUUCCUGUUGAACAUGGCCGACCUUCUGCUGCAUCCACCGUAUUGCGAGUGGCUGCAGAGAGUCGGGAAGAUGUUACUUCUGGUCAUUGUUCUUUAUAGUUUCUACCUGUUCCACCCGCUCACUUAUGGCAUGACGGGCCCUCUGGCACACGAGCCAGGCAGCUCAAUGGCCGGACUGAAGUGGAUGGAGUCCUGGGAGUUCUAAUAAGUUUUCAGUGGAGAUGAAGCUAAAAGUUAUAAAAACUUACUGUUUUGAGCAUAAGGGACUCAAAGUGGUCAUUUAUUUCACAGGCCUCCAGUGUUUACGUAGUACAAACAUUUUGUCAUGGUACUGCACCCUGAACUGGUUGCCAGCCAAUCGCAGGGCACAUGGAGACAGACAACAGUCGCACUCACAAUCACACCUAGGGACAAUUUAGAGUCUCCAAAUAAUGCAUGUUUUUUGGGAUGUUGGAGGAAACCAAAGUGCGCAGAGAAAACCCAUGGAGACACGGGGAGAACAUGAAAGUCGACACAAUUGGGGCCGGAAUUUGAACCCCGGUCCUCAGAACUGCGAUGCAGACGCUGUAGCCACUUGCGCCACUGUACAGCCCCAACCUUACAAUGAUACUUUAUUUUUAUAGGAAUGACCUUAAGUGCCUCUAAUACUGAAAAACUGUAACAUGAAUUUCUUUGGUAGUGGGUCUGAGGCUGUUUAUUUUUCUUAUUUAGAUCAGAAUUUUUAGUGCAAUAGCUUUACAGUUUUAUGCUUUUUACGCAUAUGGUACAAUCCGUAUUAAUAAAAUGUUAUUUUCUUAGUCUGUGUGUUCUAAUACUUCAGUUGUGAUGAUCUCUAUCCAUUAUUUUCAUCAGGGUCACGACUGAGCUUGAGUUUAUCUGGAAUCCAGAGAUAGACAACCACACUCGCAUUUAUGCUUAUGAACAUUUGAGAGUACAGAGAACUUGUUGCAAAGUUUGUUGUUUUGUAUUUUGGUUUAUUAUUUUUAACAUUAGUGACAUUAAUACACACUGUGAUGGGAAGUAAUGAGGUACAAAUAGUUCCUUCUUGUAAUUAUGUCGAUUUAGGUUCCUGUACAUUUGACCACUGAUACUUACCCAUGUACUUUUGACUCGUUACUUUAAAAAUUAGUUUUAGAAGUAUAUUACAUUUUUUAGAGAUUACAACACGACGUGAAAAGGAGAAAGUCUAGGUCGUCUCAGUAUGAGCACUAUAAAUCAGUUAGGAAAA